GAGACACGGUCUGGCUAACUCCAUCUCCUCAGCGCUCAUCAAACCCGUCCAGAGGAUCACCAAAUACCAGCUGCUGCUGAAGGAGCUGUUGGCGUGCUGCGAGGAGGGGAAAGGCGAGAUAAAGGAAGGCCUGGACGUGAUGCUGAGCGUCCCUAAGAGAGCCAACGACGCCAUGCACGUCAGCAUGCUGGAAGGUCUGGAGGAGGGUCUGGAGGUUCAGGGCGAGCUCCUCCUGCAGGACUCCUUCCUGGUCUGGGAGCCCAAAUCUCUGAUCAGGAAGGGGCGGGACCGACACCUCUUCCUGUUUGAGCUGUCACUCAUCUUCAGCAAAGAGAUCAAAGACUCUUCCGGACGAACCAAAUAUCUCUACAAGAGCAGACUCAGGACGUCGGAGCUCGGGGUGACGGAGCACAUCGAGGGCGACCCCUGUAAGUUCGCUCUGUGGGUCGGACGAACGCCGACGUCCGACAACAAGACGGUCCUGAAGGCGUCCUCCCUGGAGCUGAAGCAGGAGUGGGUCCGCAGCAUCCGACAGGUGAUCCAGGAGAGGCGGGGCCACUUGCGGGGGGCGCUGCGGGAGCCCAUCCCCCUCCCCAAGACGCCUAACCCCACGCUGGGCCGUCAGCGCAGCAUCAGCCGCAGGGAGACGAGCGAGGACGCAGACAGUCUGGGUGAUGCCAGCAGUCAGCCGGACACCGUCUCCAUCGCCUCCCGAACGUCUCAGAACACGGCUGACAGCGACAAGCUGGAGGACACGUGCUCCUCAGCCAAUCAGAGCUCAGCGUGUCCUGCUGUGAUUGGACGGCUGUCCGGAGGCUGCGAGUUAGUGGUGGUGUUAUUGGAUUUCUCCUCCGGGGGACCAGGAGAGCUCAGCGUCCGCUGUGGACAGACUGUGGAGCUGGUGGAGCGCUCAGCCGAACGGCCCGGGUGGUGUCUGGCCAGGACGACAGAUCAAACGCCCCAACAG